CAUAAUUUUUAUUCGGCCGAAUACCAACAGUUUUCUUAGUUUUUCUAUUAAUCCGAACGAAAAGUAGCAUACAUCUGAGCGUUUUCGCUCGCUUAAAACCUAAAUAAUUUUAGAAAGAAUCUUCUUUCAAAUAAUACAACAAAAAAAUAUAAAAAAACAUGAAAAACCAGUUCUUUUUGAGCACCUUUAACAAAUAACAUACUUUUAACAAUCGACGAAAUUCUAACAAUAAUCAAAUACAUGAAUAAAAGUGCGUUCAAUUACAAAUGUUACCUAAUUUUAAGUGAAAAAAGUGCAAUCUAGAGCAAGGGUUUGAAGCCAAACAUAACGUUAACAUGCAAAGUAACAGUGCAAAAGAUGAUUCGGAUGAAAUGGAAAUAAUACCAUCCGAACACAAUGGUACAGUUCACGACAACAAAAAUGAAGACUCAGGUGAUAUCCACAGGGCUGAAGAAAACCAGAAGUCCAAUAUCGACCCAAAUCUAUAUCUGUACGAUGAUGAUUUGGAGACCAGGCCCCAUAUAUCAACAUUCAUUUCAUCAAUUGCCAAUUAUGAAAACACGAUACCAGCGGCCACCGAUCCCGAUGCAAAGCCGGCAGCUCCAUCGGCUCGAAUGGGUACCCUAAUUGGAGUGUUCUUGCCAUGCAUUCAAAACAUCUUUGGUGUCAUAUUGUUCAUUCGGUUAACAUGGGUUGUUGGAACGGCUGGCGCCGUGUGUGGAUUCUUAAUUGUUCUGACCUGCUGCUGUGUGACAAUGCUUACUGCGAUCUCGAUGUCGGCCAUUGCAACGAAUGGAGUGGUUCCGGCGGGAGGGAGUUACUUUAUGAUAUCACGAUCCCUGGGCCCUGAAUUCGGUGGAGCGGUGGGAAUGCUGUUCUAUACGGGAACCACUUUAGCGGCGGCGAUGUACAUCGUUGGUGCCGUGGAAAUCGUAUUGACAUACAUGGCGCCGUGGGCAUCAAUAUUUGGGGACUUCACCAAGGAUGCAGACGCGAUGUUUAACAAUUUCAGGGUCUACGGCACUUUGCUGCUCAUUUUUAUGGGACUCAUUGUGUUCGUGGGCGUGAAAUUCGUCAAUAAGUUCGCGACGUUGGCCCUGGCCUGUGUCAUUCUGUCGAUAAUAGCGGUGUAUGUGGGAAUAUUUGACAAUAUCCAUGGCAACGAAAAGCUAUACAUGUGUGUUCUGGGUAAACGACUCUUGAAGGAUAUCCCACUUGAAAAUUGCACAAAGGAAGACUCCUUCAUGCGCGACAUAUACUGCCCAGAUGGUAAAUGCGAGGAAUACUUCCUAGCUAACAACGUGACCAAAGUCAAGGGAAUCAAGGGAUUGGCUAGUGGAGUUUUCUACGACAACAUUUGGCCCUCGUUUUUGGAGAACGGCCAGUUCAUAUCCUAUGGAAAGAAUGCUGUUGACAUCGAGAACACCAGUGGCCAGUCUUACAAUCAAAUCAUGGCCGAUAUUACCACCUCGUUCACCCUCCUUAUCGGCAUCUUCUUCCCAUCGGUCACAGGCAUUAUGGCUGGAUCCAACCGAUCGGGUGACCUGGCUGAUGCCCAGAAAAGCAUACCCAUCGGAACGAUAUGUGCCAUUCUGACCACCAGCACAGUUUACUUAUCCAGCGUUAUGUUCUUCGCUGGCACAGUGGAUAACCUCCUGCUGAGGGAUAAAUUCGGUCAGUCCAUCGGUGGCAAAUUGGUCGUGGCCAACAUCGCCUGGCCUAACCAGUGGGUCAUUUUGAUUGGCUCUUUCUUGUCCACCUUGGGAGCUGGUCUGCAAAGUUUAACCGGUGCCCCCCGCCUGCUGCAGGCGAUUGCCAGGGAUGAGAUUAUUCCCUUCCUGGCUCCCUUUGCCAAGUCCUCCAGUCGUGGCGAACCCACCCGGGCACUGCUCCUAACCAUCGUCAUUUGCCAGUGCGGCAUUCUCUUGGGAAAUGUGGACUUGCUGGCACCGCUGCUGUCCAUGUUCUUCCUCAUGUGCUACGGCUUUGUUAACCUGGCUUGCGCCGUGCAAACCCUGCUGAGGACUCCCAACUGGAGACCCCGCUUCAAGUUCUACCACUGGAGCUUGUCGCUGAUCGGCCUGACGCUGUGCAUAUCAGUCAUGAUCAUGACCUCCUGGUACUUCGCACUGAUUGCCAUGGGAAUGGCCAUCAUCAUCUACAAAUAUAUAGAGUACCGAGGUGCCGAGAAGGAGUGGGGUGAUGGCAUUCGUGGAAUGGCCCUUACCGCCGCCAGGUACUCGCUCCUCCGCCUGGAGGAAGGCCCACCGCAUACGAAAAAUUGGCGUCCCCAAAUUUUGGUGCUUUCGAAGCUCAACGAUAACCUCUUGCCAAAGUAUAGGAAGAUAUUCUCCUUUGCCACCCAGCUGAAAGCUGGCAAGGGAUUGACGAUUUGUGUGUCUGUGAUAAAGGGCGACCACACCAAGAUAACCAACAAAGCCGUGGAUGCCAAGUCCACGCUGCGCAAGUACAUGACCGACGAGAAGGUGAAGGGAUUCUGCGAUGUUCUGGUGUCCCAGCAGAUCGGCGAGGGACUCAGUUCGGUUAUUCAAACCAUCGGACUGGGAGGCAUGAAGCCCAACACUGUCAUCAUCGGAUGGCCUUACAGCUGGCGGCAGGAGGGCAGGAAUAGCUGGAAGACCUUCAUCCAAACGGUCCGCACAGUGGCCGCCUGCCACAUGGCUCUCAUGGUGCCCAAGGGCAUCAACUUUUACCCAGAAUCAAACCACAAAAUCGGUGGCAACAUUGAUAUCUGGUGGAUUGUCCACGACGGUGGUCUGCUCAUGUUGCUGCCCUUCCUGCUGAAGCAACACCGCACUUGGCGCAAUUGCAAGCUAAGGAUCUUCACAGUUGCUCAAAUCGAGGACAACUCGAUUCAAAUGAAGAAGGAUCUAAAGACAUUCCUGUACCAUCUCCGAAUCGAGGCAGAUGUCGAAGUUGUUGAGAUGAACAACAGCGAUAUUUCCGCUUACACCUACGAGCGGACUUUGAUGAUGGAACAGCGUAAUCAGAUGCUGAGAGCAUUAGGUUUAAAUAAGAAAGAAAACUCCAAAGUGGUUCAGACUAUAAUGGACUUUAAGGAAACACCCAGUGAUAAUAAAUUGUCUUUGGUUCAAACAAUUGUAGACCACCAUUAUGACGCCACCAAAACGGCGUCUAAAGUUCGCUUCGCCGAUCCAACUAUAGAAGAAAUACAACAUCACGAUUCUCAGAACGACGAGAAACGUAACUCAAUUGAUUUGGAUGGUCCCGAAAAUGCGGACACACCCGAAACUACUUCUAACAAGGAUGAAUCGACAGAGAAAGCCGACGGAGACUUUAAGUCCAGUGUGAAACCGGAUGAGUUCAAUGUUCGUCGCAUGCACACAGCAAUAAAACUAAAUGAAGUUAUUGUAGAAAAGUCACAGGAUGCCCAGUUGGUCAUAAUGAAUUUACCUGGACCACCUAGGGAAGUGAGAGCGGAGCGUGAAAGCAAUUAUAUGGAAUUUCUGGAGGUAUUAACAGAGGGCCUUGAAAAAGUGUUAAUGGUUCGUGGAGGAGGCCGAGAAGUUAUAACAAUUUACUCUUAAGAGCAUUAAUCGCUCAGUUUUAUAAGAGUUCGCAACACUAGACAAGUUUAAGAAUCAAUCAAAUUUUUAAAAGAAGGUUAUUAAUUUGUUAUAUUCAAUCAUAUGUCCAAAUAUUUUAUUUUUACGUAAAUAAAAUAUCAAAAAAUUGUAACAAUAAGAAA